AUUGGUUUGCAAACGGGAGUUGCUGCUGGAUCGUGCUGCUCCUCCCAAACGAUGAGCAGAUCAAAUAAACAAAUAACCAUAAAUCCCCUGUGAGUCAUCGCGAAAACAGAAGAUCUCCAAACACACGGCAAAGUGGCGCCCGCUAAUCGCGCGAACAAAACUAUCAGUUGCCAGAUCCAAGGCGAAAAUGUGACACAACAGACGAUUUCUUCACUCAGCUCAGCAAGGUGCCAUCAGUGAACAAACCAGUACAAACGAGCCAUGGAACCACGCCGACCGGGGCCCAUCGUUUCGAUGGGUAGCCGCGUAGUUGCCGCUCUCACACUGAUCCUCGCGAUAGUGUCCAACCUUCCAAGUACCUCCGCCAGCGAGCCGAUUUGUCCCGGGCUGUGUACAUGCACCAAAAGCAAGUUCAUCACCGUGGACUGCGUGUUCGGGGGUCAGCUAGCUCCGUCGGGCAACUCGAUCGAUCGACAUUUUGUGCUAGAUGAUCGUCUGCAACUUCCUUCGGGCGCUACGGCACUCAACAUCAAGCUGGUCACCGGUGGACACGUUACCGUCCGAAAAGGAUUCUUCAAGCAGGACAACGUUAACCACCUUUCGAUCGAUGGAGGCGACCUCCCAGUGGGCGCCAGCUCAACUGUCGAAUUUCACGAGGGUGCUCUGUGCAACAAUCAUGGCACAUUUCCAGAGAUUCUGGUAUCGAACGUCAGCAGGCUGGAGUUGCAUAAAAAUGUAUCAUGUGGUGCGCAUUUACUGAAUGUCAUGCACGUGAAAACUGUGUGGCUAAAGACUGAAUUUUUAUCGGUGGAUGGAACGGAACUUUUUAUAGCAGAUGUCCAUGAGUUAAAAAUCGAGCCGAACGCCUUCCGUGGCUCAACAUCGUCCAAGGUGGAAAUCCACAGCACCACCAUCGAUAGUCUUCCAAAGCUCGGGGCAUCCUUUCGCUUGCUAAGUUUUAACGAUUGUAAGAUUAAUGACAUAGAAACGCACGCAUUCGAUGCGAACGAGAUAGAGCACGUGGAGUUCGUUAACUGCCGCUUGAAGAACCUCCACCAGCAGGCGCUGACGGACAAAUUGCUUAGCAAUUCCCUCAUCUUCCGUGGAUGUGCCAUCCAGCGCAUCGAGAGGCAGUUCGUGGACGGGUGCGGAUUAAAAGAGCUGCAGCUCGAAGGGAACAGAAUCGAAGAAAUUGCCCCCGGUGCCUUCAAUUAUACCAGUAUUCACACAAUCAUCGUAGACAAUAUCAUCACAAAAACGGGCAAAGAAUGGCUACACCCGAAGGGCUGGACGAACGUAACGGUAACCGGUAAUUCGUUCGGAGCAUUCGAUGGAUUUUCGCUGGGCAGUUCUGACGGUGGCUCAGCGGCUAGUUGUUAUUUCGGAAACAACAGCAUCCUUCAGCCGCAGAAUGGCGGUUUCGCUUUCGCACGCAAGUGUCGAGUGGAUGCGGUGCACUUUUACCGUGAAUGCGACUGCAAGUACGACAGCUGGUUGGCGGAUCUGUUCGGAACGGCGCAGUUAGCAAACGCCGCGUCCGCGACCUGCAAGGUUGAGGAAAGCCUGCGCUACUGCUUCAACCGAAGCGUGCCGGCAUCGAACGAAACGGCAUCCGAUGAGCGCGUUAAUGUGCACUUCUAUCUGACGGAAUUCUGCCAGAAGGGUGGUUCGAAUCAAUGUUCAACCUAUUCGUCCGGUGCCGGUGGAGGUGGAAAGCAGAGUGAACUGAAACCUCCACCGUUUAUACCGUCGGAAAAGAUCGACUCUCUAGAAGGGGAUGCGGAAGGUGGCCUCGCUAGUAUCAAGCGUGAGUGGCUUUACGGUGGAGCUGUUUUCGUUCUACUGCUGGGCGUUGCGGUAAUCCUCUUCAUCUGGAUCUACUGCAAUCGCAAGCAUAAGGAAACCCAUAUACCCAUGACAGAUCAAUCCAGCCGAGCGGGCACCAUGCUACCCGCCGUCCAACCACGGCCGGCCUCGCUCACCCGCGGUGAUAAAAAAGUAAUGGAAAAUGCACUACGCUGGCUGCGGGAUACGUACGAUCCGAAGGUGUGGGCCGAAAUCAACGACCCAAUGCAACAGCUGCUGACCAAGUCCAACGGGGCCAUCAGUGAGCAGGAUAAGGUGCGCCUGAUCGGAAGCAUCCUGGAGAGCUUCAGACGGCACAACAUCAACGGCGAUCAGAUCGUGGCAUUGAAUGCCAUUUUCUACCAAUACCUGGGCCCAUCAGCUUCGGAGCAUCCCACCGAUGGGGCGCGAACCGAUAACGAGCGACCCGAGGAUCCGCAGGCGCACAUCUAUGCCGAGGUUCAACACAAUCGGCAGCUUAUGACGCAUGACAGUUUGGGUCUGCUUGGGGACUACGCGGCUCCGUUGGAUCAUGGCCGCGCAACGACGGUGCCGGAAGGCAUCUAUGCCGAGCCAAUAUUACGUAAUGAGCAUGAUCACCAGCUAUUGCAACGCAAUGGCAAUCGAUCUUGCGUCAGCCCUUAUGCCAUUGGUGAUGCAACUGUGAUGCGGAAUUCGGCUGGCGUUGAAUCGGGCAAUCUACCCGAUGUCAUCCUUCCCCGACCGCGCAUGAGGAUGCCCGGUAACGGCAACGAUACACUAGAAGACGACGACGACGACGAAAACGAUGAUGAUUACGACGACGAAAUCGACGGUGAACCGGAGCGCAAAACGAUGCUGCGCCCACCGGACACGGACUCGGAUGGUAAUGCCGCCGGUGUCGGUGCCACCGGCGGGCCGACGUACGCUAUCUCAAUGAAGAAACUCAACCGUGGCGCGAGGAGAGACAAUACACCGCUACCACCACUGCCGGCACCGAGGGCCGCCACGACGGCAGCAGGAGAAACCGGGGCGGUACAACAAGCGACCGACGAGUCGGACGGGACGGACGGUAACCGGUCGGAACAUUCCGGCAGCAGUAUGCAAACGGUUCGCAUUGAGGACAUCACCCUUGCCGAUGAGGGACCCUAGUGUGGAGCAGUUUGAGUGUAAUAAAUAGUAAUAAAACUAAACAAAAUCUAAACCUGCUUAGCAUAUCCGUCCACUUGUCGUCGGGUCAGUUACGGAGAAGCGUGUAAAGUGAACUGAACAAACAUUCCAUCUGCCCCUAAGGUGAGUCAUGCCAGCUGUCCUGCUCCCGCUGGAAGACAUCUUCGAAGCGUUUACCUACUAUCUUAUCGCAAGACCUCGUUGUGCGUGAUAAUUCGUCGUAUCGAUAA